AUGGCGGCGGUGCAGGCGACUGCCCCGCUGGCUCUGCUCCAUUCCGGCCUGACUCGCCGAGGCCGCCCGUCCCUGCUUCAAGGCGAGGCCACUCGUCGCUUCUGCUAUGCUCUGCUCCGUGACUCUGCUAUGCUUAAUAUAAUGGCAAUCAUUAGUCCACCUUCUGUCAACAAUGAGAACUAUGAUCCUAAGAAGCCAGAUAAGGUGACAUGUACUCUUUGCGACACUGAGGUUUCUGGAGGGAUAAAAAGGUUGAAGCAGCAUCUGGCAGGUGGAUAUGGAGAUGCAAAAAUGUGUCCUAAGACCACCACUGCCAUUAGGAAGGAGAUGAGAGAUUACUUGGAAUCCAAUAAGAGGAGGAGGCCAUUGUUCAACGAAGAGGAUGAUGAGUCACCCGAGAAACCAGCAGAUGUGGUGGUGGCAAAGAUUGAGGAGAUUGGGGAAGACAAGGUGGUUCAAGUUAUCACCGAUAAUGGGGCUAAUUACAAGGCAAAUCCCAUGUCUUUGCUAAUCGCUUGGAUCUUAUGUUUGGAAGAGAUAGGGAACUUGAAGGAAUUUAAGAAGCCCAUUGCAAGAGCCAAACGUGUCACAACUUUCAUCUAUAGGCAUGGGAGAAUUCUUAGUUUGAUGAGAGAAAAGACAGGGGCUGAUCUUGUGAGACCUGCAGCCACUCGAUUUGCCACCUCUUUCCUCACUUUAAAAAGUUUGCACAAGCACAGAGAUGCUUUGAAGGCUUUAUUUGUUAGUGAAGAAUGGUUGGGGAACAAAUUGGCAAAAAGCUGCAAUGGUCAAGAAGUGCACAACAUUGUGCUCUCUAUGGAAUUUUGGAAUUCAGUUGAAGAUUGCCUUAGAGCUUCAGCACCUCUGCUUAUUGUUCUUAGGGUGGUUGAUGGUGAUGAGAGGCCUGCAAUGCCAGAGGUUGCAGCACUAAUGAAUCAUGCAAAAGAGAAGAUCAAGCUCAGCUUUGCUACUGAAAACAAGAAAACCUUACUCAAGAAUAUCAUUAAGAUCAUUGAGAAGCGUUGGGUCACACAAAUGGACCAUCCUUUGUAUGGGGCUGCACCAAUGCAUACAAAGAAAAGAAAUAGGUUGUUGCAUAAGCGAUUAAAUGACAUUGUGUUUGUUUCCUACAACCGGAAGAUGAAGACCAGGUUUCAGUUAAGGCGUGAGAAAAAAGGGAAAAAUUUUAAUCCUUUGGUCAUUGAGGAGUUUGAUUGGGACAAUGAGUGGGCUGACUCCUCCUAUGUUCAUCCUCAAGGUGCCCGUGGAUGUGACAAUGGUGACAAUGGCCGCAAUCUUCCAAGGAAUGCCAGCAGCAAGCGUGCAAGAAAUGGACAGUCAAGGUUGGCUGAACUUGAAGAAGACUUAGGUUUGGCCAAUGAAGAAGAGGAAGAGGAAGAUCCACAUGACGAUGCUGAUCUUGCUGUUUGGGAGAAGAAAAGAGAGUUCAGAACUUCAGAUCAUCAAAAGGGGUUGUAUGGCACAUGGAAGAAGGCAACUGGAAACAGGAGGAUCACUGCUACAUGA